AUGUCUGUGGAGCGCACAUUGGCACCCGAGCAGGAGGCACUUACCUGGCAAAGAUUCCGCACAGCAUUCUACUCCAAGUAUUUUCCCUCCAGUCGCCUGAGGGAGCUAGAGAGGGAAUUUCUCAAUCUGAAUCAAGGAACUAUGACUGUGGAUGAGUAUGAGGCAGAGUUUGACAGGCUAUCUCGGGCUAAGAAUCUGGAAAUUGUCUGGAAAGAAACAUAUGAUGACAAAGAUAGGAAACAAAAGAAGAGAAGCAGAGAUUAUGAUGCUCGCAGUGGACAGAAUUCUAGCAAGACUGCAAAAUCACAUAACCAAUCUUGGCAAUCAGGGAAGCAAGGAUCUUAUGGAAAAACUAUUCAGCAAGAGAAGCAAAAGUGUGAUGCUUGUGGUGGUAUGCAUAAGACUGAACACUGUAGACAAUUAUCCGGUGCCUAUUUCCGAUGCGGCCAGCAGGGUCAUAAGGUAGCUGAGUGUCCUCAACAGGACCUUCGAUCAGUUCAGAGGCCUCAAACUACAAGAACCCAGCAAGUGCAACCUCCUCCUGCUUUGGCUCAGUCAGCUCAGCCUUCUUCUCCUAAGCAGCAGAAAGGGGGGAGACCACGCACACAAGGACGUAUUUAUGCAUUGACUCAGCAGGAUGCUCAGGCAUCCAACACUGUGGUGUCAGAGCAUGAUUUGCAUGUUAGCACUCCUGCCGGGAGCGGGAUGAUUGGUAAUCAGGUCUGCAAGACUUGUCCAGUUCAGAUAGUGGGUAGAGACUUGCCUAUUGACUUGAUAGUUAUAGAUAUGCAUGACUUUGACAUAAUCCUCGGUAUGGACUGGUUAGCAUCAUAUUUUGCCACCAUUAACUGCCAUGAAAAACGGGUAAACUUCCGGAUUCCAGGAGACACUGAAUUCAGCUUCAUGGGCAGUGGUGCAUAUACCUCCCCUCAGAUUGUUUCUGCUAUGCAAAUCAAACGACUACUUAGAAAGGGGAGUGUGGCAUAUAUUGCCACAGUGGUUGACACUAGACAGUCAGAUCAAAAAUUGGAAGAUAUUUCAGUAGUAAAUGAAUACUCUGAUGUCUUUCCAGAAGACCUUCCUGGAUAUUACAGACGAUUUGUUGAGGGUUUUUCCUCUAUUGCUGCACCUUUAACUCGACUAACUCGUAAAGAAGUUAAGUUCGAGUGGUCAGAUAAAUGUGAACAGAGCUUCCAGGAGCUUAAACAACGUUUGGUGUCAGCUCCCAUCCUUACCCUUCCUUCUAGUGGUGAAGAUUAUACAAUCUACAAUGAUACCUCAAAGAAAGGAUUGGGUUGUGUGCUGAUGCAGAAUGAUAAGGUGAUUGCCUAUGCUUCUCGACAAUUAAAGUCAUAUGAGGAGAACUACCCUGUUCAUGAUCUUGAACUUGCUGCUGUUGUGUUUGCAUUAAAAAUUUGGAGACAUUAUUUAUAUGGUGAAUCUUGUAAGGUGUAUACGGAUCACAAAAGUUUGAAAUACCUUUUUACCCAGAAGGAACUAAACAUGGACAGAGAAGAUGGUUCUCAGUCAAAGUUCAGACUUCAUAAGGAUGGAUCAUUGAGAUACGGGAACAGAAUUUAUAUUCCAAAUAACUCUGAUUUAAAGAAUGAAAUUAUGAGGGAAGCUCAUAAUACUGGAUAUACAGUGCAUCCUGGGGGUACUAAGAUGUAUAAGGAUUUGAAAGGUAUAUUUUGGUGGAAUAAUAUGAAGAGAGAAAUUGCACAGUUUGUGGCUCAGUGUUUGACUUGUCAGCAAGUUAAAGCAGAGCAUCAAAGACCGGCAGGGUUGUUGCAGCCCCCACUUCCUGAAUGGAAGUGGAAACACAUCACUAUGGACUUCGUCUCCGGAUUACCUCGCACUCCUAGAGGUUAUGAUGCUAUAUGGGUGAUUGUGGAUAGAUUGACAAAGUCGGCACACGUUUUGGCUUUCAAAGUAGGAAUGACCUUAGAAAAGUUUGCAGAGCUCUACAUUGAACAAAUAGUGAGGUUGCAUGGAGUACCCGUAUCCAUCGUUUCUGAUAGGGACUCGCGGUUUGUAUCUCACUUUUGGGGUAGUUUGAAUAAAGCUUUGGGGACCACUCUGAGCUUCAGCACCGCUUUCCACCCUCAGACUGAUGGCAAAUCAGCAAGAACCAUUCAGACCUUGGAAGAUAUGCUAAGAGCUUGUGUAAUGGAUAUGAAAGGUUCUUGGGAUUGUCACUUGCCUUUGGUCGAAAAAAUUAUGGGCCCCGAGAUUGUGCAACAAACAGUAGAGAAGAUCCAGCUGAUCAGGGAACGCCUCAGGAUAGCUCAGAGCAGACAGAAGAGUUAUGCAGAUAAUAGAAGAAGGGAAUUGGAAUUUCAGAUUGGAGAUCAUGUGUUUCUGAGAGUGUCGCCUACUAAAGGGGUGAUGCGAUUUGGAAUACGCGGAAAACUCAGUCCACGCUAUGUGGGCCCUUUUGAGAUUCUGAAAAGAGUAGGAGCUGUGGCAUACAAAUUGGCGCUCCCACCUUCAUUGUCCGGAGUUCAUAAUGUUUUUCAUGUUUCUAUGUUAAGGAAGUAUAUUCCAGAUAUAAGCCAUGUGGUAGAAGUGGCUCCCUUGCAGUUUAGAGAAGAUUUGACAUAUCCUGAGCAGCCUGUACGUGUGGUUGAUAUAAGGGAACAAGUGUUGAGAAGGCGCACGAUUUCUUAUGUUAAGAUCCAGUGGAGCAAUCACUCUGAACGUGAGGCUACGUGGGAACUGGAGGACGAGAUGAAGGAAAAAUAA